AUCUGGGCUGAAGUCCCAAAGGAGAAGUAUGGAUUGAAGGGGGAUUCGGUGUGCCUGCCUGUAGAAGAACCAUCGGAGGAGCUUGUAAGACCACGUUGGAAAGUCAAUAGUACAAUAAUAGUAACUGACAAAAAGGUCUCUCCUAAAUACAUGGAGAAAGUGGAAUAUAAUCCAGUGAACCACUCUCUGUGCAUUAAGAAUCUGAGUGAAAAAGACAGGGGUACUUACAUUGCAACCUAUGAGAGAAAUUGGGAAGAGUCAACUACUACACACAGACUAACAGUUCAGGAUGAGUUUGAUGCACUAAGGUCCAUGAUAGGCAGCUAUCAGCUUUUUUCUCAUUGUUUGAUUUAAUUGUCUGUGACUGUAGUGUUAUUGACAACAUCUUACUUUUUACAUUUGACAUUUUAUCAUCUGCUAGACGGUGGAGAAUGAUUAUAACUCUCUCUUUCUCUCUCCUGGUUGGUCAGAGCCUAUAUCCAAGAUGGUUAUCCAGACGGACAUCAAGCUAUUGGCCAACCAGUCCUGUUCAGUGUGGCUGCUGUGUAACGUGUCAGUCUGCUUCAACCUCUCUUACACCUGGGAGAGAGGGAAUGAGACGUACAGGGACGACCAGCAGAUACACUUCUCUCUGUCACCAUCAGACGGAGACAUCAGUGUAACCUGCACUGCCUCCAACCUAGUCAGUGAGAAAUCUGCCUCUACAACAGUGAAGUGUAGUAAUGACACAACCACCCCAGGUAAGUAGAUAUCAUAAUAAUCCACUCCUUACACUUCAGUGUGCUGAUAUGCUUAUGUUGUCAAAUAUCAUAUAUAAUGUAAUAUUCUCUUAACAUUCUGUUAGACAUGUUUUAGAGCUUCAUUUACAGUCACCUCCAAAAGUAUUGGCACCCUUGAUAAAGAUGAGCAAAAAAGACUGUGCAAAAUAAAUACUUCAAAUACUGAGCUAUAUUGUAUGCUCAAAAAAGGGGGAAUUAUAUUAUUUUUUUCUAACAUAAUAGCUCAGAGAAAGAGAUUUUGUUUAACCAUUAAUGAUUUUGUUACUCAAAAAGAUACUUUAGGUGUCAAAAUUAUUGGCACCCCUUUUUCCAAUACUCCAGCACCCUCCCUUGCGAGGAUGUUAUGUUGCCUACCCUCACCACCUGGGUUUGGCCCGUCAGGAAGUCCAUGAUCCAGUUGCAGAGGGAGGUGUUAAGUCCCAGGGUCCCAAGCUUGGUGACGAUUUUGGAGGGGACUAUGGUGUUGAACGCUGAGCUGUAGUCAAUGAACAGCAUUCUCACAUAAGUAUUUGUUUUAUCUAGGUGGGUGAGGGAAGUGUGGAGUGCAAUUGAGAUUGCAUCAUCUAUGGAUCUGUUGGGGCGGUAUGCAAAUUCGAGUGUGUCUAGGAUGUCUGGGAUGAUGGAGUUGAUGUGUGCCAUAACCAGCCUUUCAAAGUACUUCAUGAUUAAAACCUGGUUGCCUCUGCCAGGAAAUUUAACACGAAAUCAACAUUUUGCAAUGGCUAUCUCAGUCUCUGAACCCCAUUGAAAACCUGUGGUUUGAAUUGAAGAGGGCAGUCCAUAGGCGCAGACGAAGGAUAUCAAGGAUCUGGACAGAUUCUGUAUGGAGGAAUGGUCUAAGAUCCCUCCCAAUGUGUUCUCCAAUCUCAUAAAACAUUUUAGAAAAAGGCUCAGUGUCGUCAUCCUCGCAAGGGGAGGGUGCUGGAGUAUUGAAAACAGGGGUGUCAAUCAUUUUGAAACCUAUCUUUUUGAGAAGAAAAUUAUUACUUGAUUAACAACAUCUCUUUCUCUGAGCAAAUGUGUUAGUAUAAAAUAAUAUAAUUUUCCCAAUAUUUGCAGCAUACAAUAUAGCUCAGUAUGUGAGCUAUUCAUUUUAUAGUAUUUUUUGCUAAUCUUUUCCAAGAGUGUAAAUCAUUUUGGCGGGGACUGUAGUUAUACUGUAUGAUCUAAUAGCAUAACAUUGACAUGGGUGAUAUUAUUGACUAUCUUACAGGGCGGGUGUGGUAUAGCAUCUGCAUCGCAGUGUCAGUAAGUGGCGCAGGGGUGCUGAUCCUCAUUGUAGCUGUGGCAGUGUAUAAGUGCAGGGGCCGCCGUAACACAGGUAUGCACAGCAUAGGGGUCUCAACUAUAUAAAGUCACAUUUCAGGUGGCUCUGCAAGUAUUCUUAGGAUGAUUAUGAUGUUGCAUAAGCAUAAUUAAAUACUUUUUUUUUUUUUACGUUGGCCUUGGAAUAUUAUGGAAAUUUGAAAAACUGAGAGGAGCCUCAUCAGUGUUUCUUUAUGAAUUACUGGUUAUGUUUGUGGAUGUCCUGUUUAGUAUCUAUCUUAUUGGUUGAUAUUUUGUUCUUGUCAAACACAGCAUAUCAAAUUGACAACACAAUAUAUUCGGAUGUUAUGGGCAACACAACAAUUAAAGAUGUAAGUAUGCAUUGCCAUUAUUAUGUAUCUGAAUGUGUGUAAGCCCAUGUAAGUGUAGCCUACUGUAAUUUCUGAUUGCUGUGUAUUUUGAUGUUUUUGUGCAAUGUUCAUCCAUUGUGUUUAUGGUUUUAAGUAUCUAUUUCUGUUUUAUUCCAGACAAGAGGGACUGUGGAUGACCUGGCUGACCCAAGACUGAAC